AUGCAGCCAUCUUCAUCUCCAUCCAAAUUCGACAACAUGCCUGGAGACAUCGAGCGUCGUCCCUCGGUCGAGGAGGCUUUGGACCAUGAGCCCCUCGAGAAGGGCUGGUGGUACAAGCCCCAUGUUCUCAAGCUCAACUUCCUCAUGCUCGCCCCCUUCGUGACCAUGGCCGCCUGGGGCUUCGACAUUUCCAUGACCAACUCCCUGCAGUCUCUCGAGGCCUUCAAUGAACGCUUCGACCACCCGAGCGGCGCCCGCCUCGGCUUCUACGGCGCCUCUACCCAGCUCGGUGGUGCCUUCACCAUCUUUGUCGCCCCCUUCAUCAUCCAGAAACUGGGCCGUCGCGCCAUGUGCUUGAUCGGGUCAAGCAUCAUCAUUGGCAUGUCCAUCAUGCAGACCUUCGCUCUCAACUUCAAUAUGUUUGUUGCGGCCAAGCUGUUGCUGGGCUUCGGGAGCACGGGUGUCCAGAUUGCGGCGCCGGUUUUGAUCACUGAACUGGCCCAUCCAAGACAGCGCGAGAGGAUCACGGCAAUGUACAACACGACCAUCUACGUUGGUCUGAUCGCCGGAGCGUGGAUCGCCUUUGGGACGCAGGAUAUUCCCGGAGAUCGCUCCUGGCAGAUCCCCACCAUCCUCCAAGUAGUCCUCCCCGCCUAUCAGGUCCUUACCAUCUUCCUCUGCCCGGAGUCGCCACGUUGGCUCGUCGCGAAGGGCCAGGAGGAAAAGGCGCGGAAGAUUUUGGUCAAGUACCACGGCGGUGGCCAGGAAACGCCUCUUGUCAGGGCCGAGAUGGAGGCGAUUAUGGCCGGUAUCGAGGCUGAUGCCACCCGCAUCCGCUUCAACAAGACGGACAUCUCCGCCCUGCUGUCGCACAAAGGCAACCUGCAUCGCAUUCUCAUUGCGACGGUCGUGGCCGUGGGCUCGCAGUGCACCGGCAGCGGCCUCAUCAGCGCGUACCUCCCCCAGAUUCUGGACAACGUUGGUAUGACCUCUACUCGCGAGAAGACCUUGAUCAACGGCAUCAUCAACAUCUGGACCUGGAUCAUUGGUCUGGGCGCUGGUUAUGUCAUCCCCAAGCUGAGCAAGAGGUCCCUAUUUUUGUUCAGCACGAGUGGCAUGAUCUUGACCUUCGUGGUCUGGACCGCUUUGAGCGCUGUCUACACACAACAGGGCGGCUACUCAUAUGGUAUUGGCGUUGUGGCCAUGAUGUUCAUCUACAAUGCCUUCUACGGCAUGUGCUGGCUCCCUCUCGUCGUCGCCUACCCCCUCGAACUCGCCACCACCAAGCAGCGCGGUAUCCUUUUCUCCUGGAUGUUCUUCUGCCUGUCCAUGUCCACCUUCGCCGUCAACUACAUCAACCCGAUCGGCCUCGAGAACAUCGGCUGGCGAUACUACAUCAUCACCAUAGUCUUCACCUUGCUGAUCCUGUGCCUCAUUUACUUCUUCUUUGUCGAGACCAAGGGUCUGUCCCUGGAAGAAGUGGCUACGGUCUUUGAUGGUAGGGAGAACUAUGACGCCGCUGUUUCGGCGGUUCAUGCUGUUGAGGUGAAGCAGGCGGGCGAGCCUGAGGAGCAGCACGUUGAGAGGAAGGAUGAGAGGUAG